CGUGAAUCUCCUUUCUCCUUCUGGGCCUUUCCUCCAUUCCACUUCCCCAAAAAGGAAUGGGGGAGUGGUGGGCCAGUGUAGGGAGAGCAGUUUGUUCCUCUGGAGCUAGUAGUGUCGAGAGAGCCCAAGAAAGAAUCGGGGCCGCAAUGAUUGGAGAUUCGUAUGAUGGCCCAGCCCGUAGAGCAUGCUCUGUGAAGGCAUCUCAUGGGCCGUGAUGCUCACCUUCCAUUCCAAAUCUCAUCCUGAGUCUGCAGAAAUCAAGUUGGAUAAUACCCAGCACAAAGUCCAAUUCAGACCGCGGAUGACUGAGUAUGAACUGUGGGAAUGGAGAGAAGUCUCCAAGUUUCGUUUCUUCUGGAUCCGAGUACAGCAGGUUCCGAUUGGAGUCUUGCCGUUACUCCCUGGAGUAAUCCAGGACGCCUACGGGAGCGAAAUUAUUAAAGAGUAUCCAGUCUUUAAGGACAAACUGAACCAGGAUCUGCUGAAUGUACGAUUCGAUCUUGAAUCUGCGGCAAGACUUCGCUAUAAAAAGUUUUUGGCCAUUGAUUUAGGGUAUGAUGGAUUGGUGGAAUUGGAGGUAGUCAUUGCUGACACACCAUGGUGCCCCCGGUGCCGCAAGCACUUCCACUCGGAAGGUGACGAGGAGUGCUCUGCUCGUGGUAAGAAAUCUUACGCUGAUGCACUCCAAGUGGAUGGGAACGUGAAGGGCCCGGGGGAAAAAAGCACGCAGGUGGAGAAAAACAAGGAUCAUGGAAAGAAAGGGGAGGAUAAGACAGAAGAUCCUGUGAAGGAGAAAGAGAAAGAGAUAGAGAAAGAGAAGGAGAAGGAGGAGGAGGAAGGGAAGGAGAAAGAGAAGGAGAAAGAGAAGGAUAAGGAGAAGGAGAAAGGGGAUGUGGAGGAUGACGGAGGGAAGAAAGGGGCUAACAGUAAAAGUGAUAAUGAAAAGGCCCGGGAAGAGGUCAGGGGGGGGGCCGAGGUUAGCCCGGGGAAAGGUCUGAGGGAAGAGGUCAGGAAGGAACGGGGGAAAUCGGUCGAGUCUGGGAGAAAGAAGAAGGGUAAAGGGAAAGGGAAGAAGGGCAAGCGUCGGCCGAGGGAGCAGGUGGGUGGAGAUCCUUCUAAGGACGAUCAACCUAUGGAUAUACUAUCCUCCGAGAAUGAGUCGAUUGACCGAGCUGUCGAAGACAACGACGGAGAAGUCAGGAGGAAAGAGGAAAAGGAGGUGAUGGACGAAGAUCAUAUCCCUUUACCAAGGGAAAAGAGAAAACGAUCAGAUCCAGAUAGGGAAGAUGUCGAAGAACAGGAUCCGGAAUUAUAUGCCCGAGGUAAAGAACUCGUGCUACAUACAGGGGACCAACUGGGAGGCCUGGCGCGUUCCCCGUCCUCUGACCCUCCUGAAGAGGGAGCACGUGGUGCGACGUCCUUCCGGGGACAGUCUCAGACCACUAUCCAUUUGUCUAUGCUGAGCUGGUGGAACGAUGCCGUCCCCCAUUUAGGCUAAAUAUUAAUUUGAUUAAAGCCCCAGAAACAGGAGUUAGUUUUAAAGCGGAUGGUAGGACGGGUUCAUUUGGUAAGGCUUGGAUAGAAAGAGGUAUAAUCCAAAUCAAGGAUAUCUGGUCUGCAGAGUCACAAUCGUGGUUUUCAGUGGAACAAAUGAAGCGCAAACUACCAAGGCUACGAAAUGUGGAAACCAAUUAUGACAGACUAAUCAACGCCAUUCCCCAGU